ACGAGAUUGAGAGAGCAAUAGCGCACGCAUCGAAAACCAUCGAGAGGGAGCUAGUUCGGCGACCGGCGCGCGUCAUGGGGCGCCCCAACCACCUGGUGGCGUGGCUUCUCCUCGCCGUCCUGGCCCUCUUCGUCCCGCCGAGCGCCGCCGCGCAGAUCAGGACCACCGACACGCGCUGGAGCUUCCACCUUCCGUUGCCCAGCGGCGUGACCGGCGCCGAGAGCCUCGCGUUCGACUCCCGGGGCGGGGGGCCCUACGCCGGCGUCUCGGACGGCCGCGUCCUCCGGUGGGGCGGCAGCGCCGCCGGCUGGACCACGUUCGCGCACAGCGCCAGCUACCGGAAGAUCCCGCUGUGCACGGCGGGGGUGGUGCCGUCGGAGGAGACCGAGAGCAUGUGCGGCCGCCCGCUGGGCCUGCAGUUCCACGCCGGGACCGGCGACCUCUACAUCGCCGACGCGUACCUGGGGCUCAUGCGCGUCGGCCCGGGCGGCGGAGAGGCGGAGGUGCUGGCCGCCGGCGCGGACGGCGUCCCGUUCAACUUCGUCAACGGGCUGGACGUCGACCAGGCCACCGGCGACGUCUACUUCACCGACUCGAGCGCGACGUACCCAAGGCGCUUCAACACCGAGAUCAUGAUGAACGCGGACGCGACGGGGCGGCUGCUCAGGUACGACGCGCGGUCCGGGCGCGUCGCCGUGCUCAAGUCCGGCCUGCCGUACCCGAACGGCGUGGCGGUCAGCCCCGACGGCGCGCACGUCGUGGUGGCGCACACCGUGCCGUCCCAGGUGUUCCGGUACACCCUCCGCGGCGCCGGGGCCGGGCGGUACGAGCUGCUGGCGGACCUGCCGGGGUACCCGGACAACGUGAGGCGCGACGGCAAGGGCGGGUACUGGGUGGCGCUGAACCAGGAGAAGCAGCGGCUGGACGCGACGCCGGCGACGGCCCCCGUGAAGCACCUGGUGGGUGUCCGCCUGGACGCCGACGGGGUGGAGACCGAGGAGCUGACGGCGGCCAAGCGCGUCACGCUGAGCGACGUGGCGGAGAGGAAGGGGCAGCUGUGGUUAGGGUCCGUGGAGCUCGAGUAUGUCGGCCUGGUUGCUUGAGCUGCUGCCAACACAGAGUCGUAGGUAGUGUCGUUAGGGGUUGGAUUAGGAAAGAUGAAUAUAGGUAGUAGUAUAGUUACAGUUAAGCAGUAGCUGCAUAUGGUCUCGUGACAAAGAAUUACCAACAUUGUU